AUGGCUCCUAACAUCUCUUUCCUCCUUCUAUUGCUUCUAGCACACUUUUGUUUGGGCAAAAGCCAACUUCAGCUGAAUUACUACUCUACAAGCUGCCCAAAAGCAGAAGACAUCAUCAAGCAACAAGUCACAGAACUGUAUCACAAGCAUGGAAACACUGCCGUUUCCUGGGUUAGAAAUCUCUUCCAUGAUUGCGUCGUCAAGUCAUGCGAUGCAUCGCUACUGUUAGAGACAGCCCGGGAUGGUACUGUAGUCUCAGAGCAGACAUCGGAGAGAAGUUUUGGGAUGAGAAACUUCAAGUACGUAAGCACCAUCAAAGCCGCAGUUGAACAAGAAUGCCCCUUGACUGUGUCAUGCGCUGACAUUGUUGCUCUUUCUGCUAGAGAUGGCAUUUCCUUGUUGGGUGGACCAAGCAUUGAAAUGAAGACAGGGAGAAGGGAUAGCAAAGAAAGCUAUGCAAAGGAGGUGGAAGACUUGAUUCCAAACCACAAUGAUUCCAUUUCCUUAGUGCUGUCUCGUUUUCAAGCCAUUGGCAUUGACCUUGAAGCCACAGUGGCUCUUUUAGGAGCUCACUCAGUGGGAAGAGUUCACUGCGUGAACCUUGUACACAGAUUAUACCCUACUGUGGACACAACUCUUGAUCCUGCACGUGCUGAGUACCUUAAACGUCGCUGUCCAACGCCCAACCCUGAUCCAAAGGCUGUCUUGUAUUCAAGGAAUGACCUAAAAACGCCCAUGAUCAUUGACAACAACUACUACAAGAACAUCUUGCAACACAAGGGCCUUCUCACUGUGGAUGAAGAACUUGCCACCGACUCAAGAACAGCACCUUAUGUCCAAAAGAUGGCCAAUGACAAUGAAUAUUUCCACCAACAGUUCUCAAGGGCCAUUCAACUGUUAUCUGAGACAAAUCCUCUAACAGGGGAUGAAGGAGAAAUUAGAAAGGAUUGUCGCUACCUCAAUGUCAAUUAG